AUGACCUUCCCUGUACCCGGUAACAUGUCGGUCCAGCGCCAAGUCCGGAUCAUCAACUGGAUCAAGAUCGCCCAAGGUAUCCUGACCAUCUCGGUUUUCAUCCUCGGGAUCGCCCGGUUGGCAACCUUAACGGGGAGGAGGAGCCGGUCCGAUAGCUGGAUCAUCGGUGUGAGCGCGAAAUCCCUCGUAGUCCUCCUCUACGAAGUCCUCACCGAACGCGUCCCCAAGUUCCGUCGCUGGGGAAGCCUGAAAGCCUACUCGAUCUUGAACUGCAUCGAGUUCGUCUUUUGGAUGGCGGCGACGAUCAUCAUGGGGAUGGGAUUGUCGAGACGGUGUUCGGGAACGAGUUGCGUCUUGGGAGUGAUCAUCAUUUUGGUCACGAUCACGUUGAUCGUCCUCGCAAUCCCCACAGCGUACAUCGCCCUAUCCUUCUUCUUCCACGUCAGGAAACACGGAUCACACCCGGACCCGCACCACCAUGACAACGAGCCUUUCCGCCUGCGUGCCGGCUCCGGGUCUACUUCUGAGGUGAAGGGGGUCGAGAGGGUAUGA